AUGCAUGCAGCUGCAAUGAAGAACGGACAGUGCGCACAGGAACUACAAUCUUCCACUCAAGCUUCACAUGAGUCCCAAGCUGACCAGAAAAACAACCAAUCAAUAGAUGCUCCUCUACAAGAUACUGGUUCUGUAUCUGCUUCAAGCAAUGACAGUAGGAAAGUUUCAAGACAAGAUAUUGAACUUGUCCAAAAUUUGAUAGAAAGAUGUCUUCAGUUGUACAUGAACAGAGAUGAGGUCGUGAAGACCCUCUUGACUCGGGCGAGGAUAGACCCUGGAUUUACAACCUUGGUUUGGCAGAAACUGGAAGAAGAAAACGCAGACUUUUUCAGGGCUUAUUAUAUAAGGUUGAAACUGAAGAAGCAAAUAAUUCUGUUCAAUCAUUUGCUUGAGCACCAGUACCAUCUCAUGAGGUAUCCUCCAAUACCUCCCAAAAUCCCUCUGGCGCCGAUACAAAAUGGAAUGCAUCCCAUGGCACCUGUCAACAUGCCAAUGGGCUACCCAGUACUUCAGCAUCCUCAAAUGCAUGCUCAGGUCCAUCCUCACAUUGAUGCAAUGGGUAUAUCAAGCUGCCAUGUUGUUAACGGAGUGCCUGCACCUGCGAAUUUCCAGCCUUUGAGGAUGAACUCAGCGAAUGAAAUGGUGAUGGAUACAAAUGCGGAUGCUGCUGCAACUCCUCAGGUUGUUCCACCAAGCAGCGGUGGGAUGUCUGAGAUGCCAGCGAGUCCAGCUUCUGUGGCAUCAAGUGGACACUUUCCGUUCGCUGCUUCGGACAUGUCCGGUAUGGUAAUGGACACGUCAGUGCUUGAUUCGGCGUUCACGUCUGAUGUGGGAGCAGAUGGAGGAGAAGGAGGAGCUGGUGAUUCCAGAGAUUCCCUCGGGUCGUUUGAUCAGAUUCCCUGGAACUUUAGCCUUUCUGACCUCACCGCUGAUUUGUCAAAUUUAGGAGAUUUAGGAGCCUUGGGAAACUAUCCAGGCUCUCCGUUUCUUCCAUCCGAUUCAGAGAUUUUCCUGGAUUCUCCUGAACAAGAUGACAUUGAGGAGUUUUUCGUGGAUUCCGUACCUGGACCUCCUUGCUCUAAUUCAGACGAAGAGAAGCCUUGA